AAAUGCAAUUGCUAGUUAAAAUUGUUGUCUCUUCAUUCCAUUGCUGUCUUACAUUUAAUUUUUUUUCUUUCUUUCUCUCUCCUCUUUCUCUCUCUAGAAACCCACCUUUUUCUUAACAUGAUUUGAGAUUCUGAAAGAGACCCAUUUGAGUUUUUUGAUUGGAGAUUAAUGGGUUGGUCUUGGAUUUUGAUGUUCUUCUCUCUAUUCACCUUCAUGUCACCCUCUUAUGGGUAUGAUCCAUUGGAUCCCAAUGGGAAUAUAGCAAUCAAAUGGGAUGUCUUACAAUGGAGUUCUAGUAGUUAUGAUGCAAGGGUAUCGAUAAUCAACUACCAACUGUAUAGGCAUAUUGAGACACCUGGUUGGAAGUUGAGCUGGACAUGGCCAGGAGACGAGGUGAUCUGGGACAUGUGGGGAGCCUUGGCGCACGAACAAGGAAAUUGCAGUGAGUUCAAGGGAGAACAACUCCCUUACUGUUGCGAGAAGACGCCAUUGAUCCUUGACCGAGGGCCCGGAACUCCGUUCAACAAGCAGGUGGCUAAUUGCUGCAGGGACGGCCUGCUCACCUCCAUGAUACAAGACCCCAGUAAGCAUGGGGCCAUGUUCCAGAUGAAUGUGGGCACUGCUUCUAGUAACGUUUCAGACAUGACCAUGCCCAGAAAUUUCAGCCUUGGGGUUCCUGGAUAUACCUGUGGAGAUCCAUUUCAGGUCCCACCCAGCAGGUUUCCAGAGGAGGGAGGCCGCCGUUGGACACAAGCUCUCAUGACAUGGAACGUGAGUUGUUCAUACUCGCAAUUUCUAGCAUCGACGGCCCCAACAUGCUGCGUUUCUUUAUCUGCAUUCUACAACAGCACCAUUGUCCCAUGCCCCCAAUGCAGCUGUGGCUGUGAAGGAAUACCGGGCACCAAAUGCGCCAAGCCUGGUGAAACACCAUUGUUGUUGCCUCAGGGAGAUGGACAGCAGCCGGAUCUAGUGAGGUGCUCAAGGCACAUGUGCCCAAUCCGGGUGCACUGGCAUGUGAAAACAAGUUACAGAGAGUAUUGGAGGGUUAAGAUCACAGUCACGAAUCUGAAUCUGGUGAAGAACUAUUCUGCCUGGAACUUGGUGGUGCUGCACCCCAACUUGCAGAGCAUUACACAGGUUUUCAGCUUCAACUACCGCUCUCUAAAUGAACAUGGCACUAUCAAUGAUACUGGGAUGUUCUGGGGAAUUCAGUACUACAAUGAGCUGCUGCUGCAAGCAGGUGAGAGUGGGAAUGUACAAACGGAGAUGUUACUACACAAAGAUCCAGGGAUUUUCACUUUUAGAGAAGGAUGGGCUUUUCCAAGAAAAAUAUCUUUCAAUGGUGAUCAAUGUGUCAUGCCCCCACCAGAUGAAUACCCAAGGCUCCCCAACAUUGGCCCUUCGGCUACCCCACCAAGCAUUUGCAUCAUUUUGUUAUUGUCAUUGUCAGUUGUAGUAAUGUUAUAAGUUAUGACUCCUUACAAUGAUGAAAAAUAUACAACUUAGGGUUUUAGUUGCAGAUGUUUUAGUGGAUUUUUUUUUUUCUGAGAUCAUAUGGUUGUGUUUGUAAAAUAUAAAAUAGUGGGAUUUUGCUUUUUCAAGUA